AUGUCAACAUUAGCCGAGCAACUUCAAAAUAUUUUGCUUAAUAUUAGUCAAUAUUAUCUAAUUCCAAUAUUUAUUAUUGGUAUUUUCGGUAAUAUUUUCAAUGGAAUUGUUUUCUCUUGGAGUACAUUACGAAAUAAUAGAUGUUCAUUGUAUUUUAUAAUUGCUUCGAUGGCUCAAUUAUUUGUAUUAAUUUUUGGUUGUCUCUUUCGAAUUAUAGUUUCAUUAACUGGAUUCGAUUUAAAUGUAUCAUCAUUAUUCAUCUGUAAAUUUCGUACAUAUUUAUUUGUUAAUGGAAUUAUUCUCUCUCGUCAUUUUCUAUGUUUAAUAUCAAUCGAUCGAUGGAUGGUAACUUCAACAAAUGUUUCAAUUCGUAAUUUGAGUACUCUUAGAAUGACUCGAUUAUUAACAAUAAUUAGUACAAUUAUUUGGCUUUUGUUUAAUAUUCAUUUACUUAUUGGAUUUCAUAUUGAACAUAAUAGUUGUACUGGAAAUUCCGAAACAUUCUAUUUAUCAUUUUUUACAUUUUUUAGUUUAAUCGUUUCAUUGGCACCAUUAAUUAUUCUCAUGAUAUUUACAACACUUACAUUAAGAAAUAUAACAAAUGGUAGAUUAAUGAGACGUCGUAAUCAAAAGAAUCAAUUGCUACGACUAAGUAUGAUUCAAAUAAUUGUUUAUAUUCUAUCAAAUAUACCUAAUACAAUAUACAGUGUAUAUGCAUCAAUAACAGCAAAUUAUAAUAAAACUAAUGAUCAAAUAGUUACGGAUGGUUUUAUGAAUUUAAUGACAUCCAAUCUCUUAUAUACAUAUUGUGCAGUAAUCUUCUUUUUAUACACAUUGGUAUCGGUAACAUUUCGAAAAGAAUGUUGGUCAAUCUGUCGUCGAUUCCAGAAAAAGAUUAGAACAAUUUAUCGUGGUUCACAACAAUUAUAA